CGCUCGUCCGCUUUACUUUAUACCUGUGAACAAUGGCUUCCCGACGGACACCAAUUGACCGCUAUCCAACGGCAACAUCAGACCUUCAGCAUGAUACUGAGGAUAUUCUCGCCUCUGUUCAGCUCAGCGCCUCAGCAAUAUCACCAGACCCGACUCUGAAUAAAAACACACACAUUCAAUUCCUAGUUCGCAAUCUCAUCCAGGGGUUUCCUCUUCGCUACACGAGCCAAGAUGCGAGUCAGCCAUGGCUUAUGUUUUGGACACUGCAGAGCUUUAGCAUCCUCCAAGUCGGAAUCGAUCCCAGCAACAAACAAAGAGCAAUUGACACGAUAAUGACAUGGCAACAUCCUCAGGGUGGUUUUGGUGGUGGUCCCGGACAGUCACCGCACUUGCUCCCGACAUAUGCUUCCGUCUGCGCUCUAGCCAUUGUCGGGCGUCCUGGUCCAGGAGGUGGGUGGGAUGAAAUAGAUCGAGAGAAGUUGUACCGGUGGUUUAUGUCGCUCAAACAGCCCGAUGGGUCCUUCCUUGUAACUCACCACGGCGAAGUUGAUGUUCGGGGAAUCUACUGCCUCCUCGUAACUGCCUACCUUCUCAACAUCCUCACUCCCGAACUGGUCUCCGGAACCGCGGCAUUUAUCGCUUCAUGUCAAACCUACGAAGGCGGCUUUGCCUCCGCCUCACAUCCCUACUUCCCAGCGACCAUAUCUAUACCGGAUGAGUCAUCGUCAUCGAUAGAGCCACCAACAACAUGUCUCCCGUCUCCACGCCCAAACCUGGGUGAAGCGCACGGAGGAUAUACGUUCUGCGCUUUGGCAUCUUGGAUUCUACUCGCUCCUUUCCUUCCUUCAUCAACAUCUUCACCCGAGUCCUCGACGCCACGACAAACCCCUUCAAUAAACCUCCGAUCGCUAUUACGCUGGCUUGUAUACAUGCAAGGCUCUGAAUCCGAAUUGGGAGGGUUCAAAGGCCGGACGAAUAAGUUGGUAGAUGGAUGUUAUGCGUGGUGGGUCGGAGGGGAGUUUGCGUUGCUGGAGGCGCUGGGUGUUAGUGGCUAUGAUUUCCCCCAUUCUCAUUCACAGGAAGGCGAGUCAGAGAAGGACGACAUGGAUGCUGAGGAGGAAGAGUGGGAUGACGUAGAUGACUCGGUGUUCAAUCGUCGAGCUUUGCAGGAGUAUAUCCUUAUAGCGGGCCAACAUGCGGCUGGAGGUCUCCGUGACAAGCCACCAAAAAACGCUGACUCGUAUCACACACUAUACUGUCUGUCCGGCCUUUCUGCCGCUCAGCAUCGAGUCUUUCCCUCGAAAGAGAGGAAGGUAGAGUUGACAGACACGUGGGUAAAUUCUGCUCCAGAGAGUAAUCAACUAUCCGACCUCGAAAUGAGCAAGACGGCCUAUAUCGAAUCGUUGUGCUGGACAGAAGAAGAGGGGACUUCAAAGGUUGUCGGCCCAGCUUCAAAUCGUGUCAACGCAACACACCCAUUAUUCAACCUCACGAUCACGCAUACGGAAGCGAUAGUUGGGCAUUUUUAUAAGCAGACGGUUCCGAAGCAUGCGUUCGCCAAGAAGCAGGCUCAACAGGCAAAGGAAAAGGCAGAGAAAUCAAGGCAGAAGUCUGAGCAGGCUGCGUCUUCGAGUUGAGUUCGUGGCGGGUCAGCGGGCUGUCACUUCCCUCAUGAUUAACUCGACUUGGUGGCUGGGUCACAGGAUUUGUAGGUUGUUUUGGGUUCUACAGUAUGACCGGAUUGACUACUACGAUCAGAGAUUCAUACGGGAUAUUAGUUUGGGUACUGUGCGGAUGUACAUAGUGUAUUCACUUAAGGCCGCUGUACUCGUUGUGGUGGUGGUUUCGUUCUCCGUCAACAGUUAUUGCUAGCUCUCUUAGGCUGCUAGUACAUGGACAUUGCUCCAUCUUCUUUUGAGACCAAAUCCGAGAGGGGUUGUUUCCCCCCUCUACUUCGAUCCCUUCGCCCCCCGUGGUCUCGCAUGUAUAUUAUAUGAUUACUGAGGGCUAGUCUCGCAAUACGUAGCUAGCUAUAUGUCAAACCCCGCAAAUUCUUAUAUGGGAGCUCAGCUACCCGAGACCACUCUAAAGUUCUACUGUCAAUGACAAAACCCAGUUCAAAGGAUCUGCGCCGCGUUCGCCUUCACCGACUCCUCCAGCGUAACGUAUCUAUCCCUCCCCAAAGCCUUCAGCAGCUCCAAGCUACGGUCCCUCCCCUCAAUGGUACUCAGAUUUUUCGCCUCAUCAGGAAUAUUCUCCGGCCACGAACGUUCAGGGUAGGCAUUGCGCAAAAUGUCGAGGAUAGCGCUCCAGUUAUAUGUCUCCGAGUAGGCGAAGAUGCGCUCGGACUUGACGGUCGGGUUGAUCAGAGCGGCGAUGUGAAGACGGGAAGCAUCGACGACAUCGACGAACCAGUAAGGCGCCGCUCCUGGCUUCUUCAGAAUGUCGUAGUCUCCCUUCAGCAGCGCCCUCAUCCACGUCAAAGUCUCCGACGACAGACUCUCGUGCAACGCCGCUCCAAAGGUGACAGAUGGCAAGACCGUACUAAACUCGAAGUGGGGCUUCUCCUCCUCCACGAACUUCCAACAAGCCUUCUCCGCCUCCGUCUUACUCGCCGCAUACACGAGAUACUUUCGAUCGUCCUCGUACGGUGGAGGCGCCCACGCGAGCUUGCUGGCGAGGUCGUUCCAGGAGUCGGUGGGGACGCUGUACGGAGUGUUGGAUUGCCCGAAGCCAGUGGUGAUGGCGGAAGAGGUGUAUACUACGCGUUUGACGGAAGGUUCGCGGGAUGCUGAUUUGAGGAUGUUGAGAGCGCCGGUAAUGGUCUCGGGGAUGACGACGUUCGGGUCUGGCGAGAAAGAAACGUUGGAGGCGAGGUGGGCCACCCCGCUUACGCCUUUCACGGCUUCAUCAAAGGCUCCGUCAGCGUUCAUGUGGGGAACGACAAAAAGCUCGAACUUCCCGGGUCCGUACUUCUUGUCGAAGAGCUCUUUGACCCAUUGUGCGCGAGAUGCGUCGCGGACGGUUCCACGGACUUUGUAGCCUGCAAGCAGGAGCUGCUCGGCGGUCUGGGAACCUAUGUAGCCGUUGACACCGGUGACGAGAACUGUAGAGCCUUCAGGGAUCGCGAGAGCAGACAUGGGUGGGGAUAUGAUGGUUGUUGAAUGUGAGAGAUUGAUAGUAGUUGUGUCG